UUCCAUAACGUUCCCUACUCGGCUACUUCCGCUUCCUGUCUUGCUUCCGCUGACGCCACGCCUGCUUGGUCCGAGCAAAACAUUAUCGGAGAGAUGGACAGCGAGCACCUAGUAAGCGAAGCAGGCAGCAAAGGGGAGCUGUCGGCAUGUGGGAGCACACAGUGGAACCCCAUGUGCUCAGCCGCAAAAAAACGUCCGAAUGAAGAAGAUCUUAGUGAUGCCUUUGAAUCAUCAAAGAAGCUGUAUCCGAUAAACACAGAUUUAAUUAAGAAGGAAAUUAAAGCUGAUGAUGAAGAAGAAGAGAGUGGCUCUGAGGAAGCAUGGCUUAAAGGGUUUUCCUUGUACAUUGAUGAAGUAACUCAGUCAAGCAUUCAAUCUAAUGCUGCUGAUAUCAGCUUAAAUACUUUUGCAGAUGCAGUGUUGGGGUCCAGCACAGAAUUUCAAGGCAAUGAGCAUGCAAGAACAGCUUUUGAUGUUGAUAAACCAUUUCAACCACCUGCAGAACAUGUGCCACCUCAGUGUUUUGGUACCAGGAGACUGAGGUUCCAAAGUGCCUGGUACACAGAUUUCCCAUGGCUCCACUACAGCCCUCAGCUGAAAGCUGUUUUAUGUUUUACAUGUGGGAAGGCUGAGAGCAUGGGCUUACUGGGCUCAUCGAGGAGAAAGGAUUCUGUAUUUACAGCAGUGGGGUUUUCUAAUUGGAAGAAGGCUCGAGAGAAAUUUGGCUAUCAUCAAAAGUCCAAGAGUCAUGAAUUUGCAACAUGGAAACUAAUGCAUGCCUUGCAGAAUCAGAAGAGGGAAGCAGCACUGGAACAACAAAGGAAAGUCCGUCAGGCCAUCCCCAGUAUUUGCCUAAACAAACUUAUUUGUGCUGUACGAUUUUUAAUUCACAGAGGCCACACAUUUCAAAGUCAUGAGUCAAUUGAGGAAAGUUUAUUUGAACUUCUUAAAUUUGUAGGCCAAGACAAUGAAAUGUUCAGAUACUGGCUUCUAACUAAUCAGAAUUUUACUAGUACAGAAGUCCAGUAUGAAAUAAUUAGUUUAAUGAGCCAUGAGCUUAUCAGUUUGAUUACAAAGGAUGUGAACCAGGGCUCAGUGUACUAUUCUGUGAUUGUGGACUGCAUUCAAAACACAGACUCACAACAGCUAAGCCUCUGUUUAAGGUACUUGGAUUCUGAAAUGCAAGCCCAAGAAGAGUUCAUAGGUUUUCUUGAUCCAGUUGAGGAAACUGGGACUUCUGCUGCAAAUCUUAUUCUGGAUAUUCUUGAUCGAAAUUCUUUACCAAUUGAUCUUCUGAGGGGGAUAGCAUUUGAGGCGUCAACCAGCUAUAAGGAAUCAUGUUCCUUGCUAAAACAAAAGCAGUCACUUGCCAUGUUUGUUCAUUGUGGAACACCUUGUGGCAGUUUAUUGGCAAAAGACAGCAGCCAAGCCAGCCCUCUUUUGCAGCACACAUUAUAUUCUGUAAAUGACCUAUUUGAUCUGUUCAGUAAAAGCAUCAAACAUAAGUUUUUAUUUGCUGAAGUUACUCAAAACUUUAAUUCUUCAACCCGAAACCUGGGCUCCUCAAAGUGGUGUGUUAAUUUACCUGUGGUCAAUGCAGUUAUUCAGCACUAUGGGCUUAUUAUUGACGGUCUGAGGGAAAUGAAAUCGAGUACUGGUGAGGGUGGAGUUAAGGUACACUUUGUAUUAGAAAAAGUUAUGGAAGGAAAUACAUAUGCCAGUUUAUUAAUUAUUAGAUCCAUAAUGGAGUCUUUAAAUAUCCUAAAUAUAAAAUUAGAUGAUCAGAACUUACUUAUGUCAAGUACUUUGAAGAAAGUGAAGCUGGUAAAGGAAAUAUUAGCUCGAUUACGACAAGAAGCAACUGUAGUGGAUCUUUUAAGGCAAGCAGAAGAAGCUGUAACUAAAUUUAAUUUGAUGCCUAUUGCCAUCCCUCAGCCACAUCAACUGUCCAGUCAGCUUCAGCAAAGUGCAGAUCAGUUGAGUUUUGAAAAUAAAGGGGAUUUUUUUAAAAAUGAAUAUCUUAAAAUGCUUGAUGCAGCUAUUUCCCACUUAGAAAAUAGGUUUAUGCAACAAGGAUUUAUUGAGUACUGUAAUUUGGAAGAUGUGCUCCUUUGUGCUGGUAAAGGAGGGGAAUCUGAUCGUAUUAUUGAGGAAAAAUUGGCUUUUCUAUCUAAAUAUCCAGAGUUCAAUGUGCGGAUGCUAAAAGUACAGCUUGAAAUGUUUGCACACAAAAAAAGCUUUAGUUCUCUCGCUGAGGCCGUAAGUCUUUACAAAUCAGUCAGUCCUGAGGUCAAGGAAUUUUUCAGUGAACUUGGAAAGCUCUUAAAACUCUUGCUCAUUAUACCUGUGUGCACUAAUGACAGUGAGCAAGUCUGUUGUCCAGUCCAGAGGCUUCGGACUGUGCUGCAGUUCACAACCGCAGAAACUCGAUCUAGUGAUGUUGCUGUCUGCUAUGUGAAUGAGACCCGCUUAGACAAUCUGUGCUUGGAAACAGUUGCUCAUAACUUUGUUCAUGGACUAUAAACAAAGUUUCCUCUAAAGCAAAUAAAAUGGGGUUACAUCAAUAUAAUUAUAAACAAUAAUUUUAUUUGUAUAAUAUUGUAUUUUAAUUGUAAAUAUUUUACUUUAAACUGCUUGCCAAAUAGGGCUGCUAUAAUUGCCAAUGCCACCUUUGUAAUUAAUGUUAUUACAAUAGCAGGUAAACAAAUCUGUAAAAAACAGAUAUAAAAUUAAUUUUGUGCAUGUAAAAAUCCAUCCUCUGCAAGAAGGCACACACAACUAAAUAAUACUUGAACAUCAAAUGCAAAGUGGCAAAAAAACCCAGAAGGUUGGCUCAGUUUUGUAUUUUUGCACAGCUCUGUAGUGUUGUAUAAAAAUGUAUAUAAAUGUAUAUUUUUUUGGCAUAUAAAAAUAAAAGUUACCGGAAUUUUAUGUAAGAAACAGUCUUUCGUUUAUGGAGCUUUACAUGACCAAUAAAUAUAUGAGCAUAAACAAGCUCAUAUGUAAAAACCUGCUUCUUGUAAAUAAACCAUUUUCAUAAAAAUA